UAGGAAAGCAGCUGUAAGCACAUUUUACUUGGAAAGCAAAUAAUUAGCGACCAAGUCUUCAGAGUUCAUACACGCUUGAUUUGACAGCAAGUGUUAAUUCCAGCCACAACCUUGUGGUUUUUUGUAAAUGGAACUAUUUUCGUUCGAACAGAAUCGAAGAAUGCAACGAUAUCUUGUAUAGUAAGAUUAGAGAGUUUAGACUAAGCAACGACUCUGCUACUUGCGGUUGAAUUACAGUGCUCUUAAUUUACGACAGUAAAGGAAGACUUCGAAGAAAUGGAGAACAAUCCAACCCUGAUGCGCAUGUGUGUUGCACUUGCAUUUCUCUUGAGUUUCACGAGUGCGUCUGAAGAAACUUCAUGUGGUCCCAUGAAAACUUCCACCUGUCAAAGAGACAGCAACUCAGGUGAUCCUCUUUUUAUUUCCUCAGGAGCUGAUGUCCACUGUGAAAGUGACUCAGCGCCUCAUAGCUGCAGUAAUAGAAAUGAAGAUAAAGAGAAACUUAAAUACCAUUUCCACGUGAAUGAGCCGCCUAAGUUCCGUGGCGUGUAUCCAUUUCCAGUGGAUCCUAUUCCGCGAAGAAACUGCUUUGACGAGGAAGCAAUGGAAUUUCUACAAAAGGGGCUUCCAGUGGUACUCGAACAAUGCACGUUCCAGAAGCCUGCCCUAAAAUGGACCAUAGAAUACCUAAAAGAGAAUCUGGAAGAUGAAGACCACACGGCAUACUUUUCACAAACCAGACAGUUUCUUUAUUACGACGACGAUCACAUGAAAGGCACGUACAAAGAAUGGAAACCGCCGAUCACCAAAAAAUUCUUAUAUUUUAGCAAUUUUACGAAAUUGAUGAAGGAAAUAGAGGAGGCGGACAAUGGUAGCCGAGCGUACUUUCAGUCACUGAUAUAUCUUCAAGAAGGCGUCAGUGCAGCCAUGCAGAACGAUGUUGAUUCUUUUAACUACACCUGGCUACUUGACCUCGUGACGCGCUUCAGCUGGGGCGAGGAUGUUACCAACCUGCUAUUGGUUGGUAUGCCUGAUGUCGUCACGCCUGCGCACUUUGAUGUCCUGGAGAAUCUUUACGUGCAGAUUUUUGGCCGGAAGCGAGUCAUCUUGUUUAGUCCAGAUUACUUCCGUUGUUUGUACCCGCAUCCUGUGGGACAUCCUCAUGACCGACAAACACAGGUGGACUUCGACAAACCUAAUUUUGACUGGUUUCCCAGAUUCCGUGAGAUUAGAGGUAUGGAGGUCGCUUUGGAGCCUGGAGAGGUGUUAUAUAUUCCAAACCUCUGGUGGCAUUAUAUUGAAAGUGAGAUGCACAGCAACACCAUAUCCAUUAAUUUUUGGUUUGAGGCCAAAAAUGCAAGCAAGGUAUAUGACGCAAGGAAAAAGAAGACGAACGCCACAGAUAUAGAAGCAGAAAACAACAAAGAAUCUCACCAAGAGUUUGAUAACCCGCGGGAAAAUAAGGAACAGCCUGAACACUCUGAAGAAACCUUAAAGGAGCACUCCGAAGAAACUGGAACUAGCGAUUCUGAGCAGAUCAGUGAACACAGUGAUGAAUCAAAGGCAGAUGAAACCAUGGCGAAGGGAACCGAGGAAGAGAAGGAUGGAAAAGAAUUUGAAGAAAUAGAUUUAAAUCAAGAAGAAGAAGAUGUGAAAGAAAUUGAGUUGUCGGCCGCUGAAUACUUAAUCCUUCUGAGAGAAACAGAAAUAUCGCUUUACAAAGCUACACUAAGCCACGCAAAGGUGAAGAAAAUAUUGGAUGAAUUGCUAUCGGGAAGAUUUGAUCACAUAUAACGCUUAAUGAUAUCAGAAAGACUAUGACAAUAAUGAAAUUAUAAUGACAGAAUUUAAGAAAUACCAUGACACGGUGACCUGAUCGCAAAAAAAAAUUAUCGUUUCAGAGAACUACUUAGGAAUUUAUAAGUAAUUAUAUCAGAAUAAAAUCUAACAAAUUUUAAGAAGAGCAGCGAUGAUAGAUAAACGUAGAUUGAACAAUAAAAGUGAGUAAAUGAACAAAAAA